GAAAAGCGUCGGGGGGAGGGAGGAAAGGAGGAGGAAAGAGAGAAGGGAGGAAGGAGGAAGGAUCGCCGCCGGCAGAGGCUGUGGACUAGAGCUCCGUGGAGGACGGGGCGGGCCCAGAGCGCAGGGCAGGGAACGAAAAGAGACGAAGGAGUUGACUUAAAAAAAAGAAAAAGCAGGCUUGAGCCAGCUCGGGCUCCACACGGCGCAAUCCCUUAGACACCGCUCGGCAGGGAGAUCCUGGAACCGGCUGGGAGCGCGCGGGCCCGGCUCGCUCGCUCUGGGCGAUGCAUUAAAUGAAGCGGCCACUGCCGGGCUCCUUGGGGGUUAGCGCCACAGGAGCGCUCCGGGCAUUAGAGGCGGAGGCAGCAGAAGCAGGAGGAGGGGCAGCGACGGAGGCGGAGGCGGCCGAGGGCAGGGACUGAGCAAGAGCCGCGGCCGCCCCCGGAGCGCCGCCGCGGCCCAGCCCCAGCGGCCACCUCCGGGAGCCGGCCUCGGCCAAGUCCAGCCCGACAGCGGGAAGAGCAGCCGGGCCAGUCCCGAGCCAGAGAAGCCGCCCUCCAGCCAUGGCGACCAAGGCUCGGGUUAUGUAUAAUUUUGAUGCUGAACCUGGAAAUAAUGAAUUGACAGUUAUUGAAGGAGAGAUCAUCACAAUUACAAAUCCGGAUGUAGGUGGAGGAUGGCUAGAAGGAAAAAAUAGCAAAGGAGAACGGGGACUUGUUCCCACAGACUACGUUGAAAUUUUGACUAAUGGUGGGAAAGAUCAGUUUGCUUGUGGAAAUUCAGUAGCUGACCAAGCCUUCCUCGAUUCUCUAUCAAGUACAGUUCAAGUCAACUCCUCAGUCACCAACAGUAAUAACCAGGGGGAUAUUUUGGCUCAGAUUGGCUACGUCGAAAGCCUCAACCAGUCACCACCUUCAUCUUCUUCUCCUUCUCCUCCUUCUAUAAAUGAGGUCAGCAGUGCAAAUGACCCGUGGUCAAAUUGGAACACUGGUAAAUCAGGAAACUGGGACAGUUCAGAUGGCUGGGGAACAAAAUCAGAAGGUUCUGCUCAGAAAAACACUUCCAACAACUGGGAUGCUGCCUUCGGUCAUCCACAGGCCUAUCAUGGACCAGCUGCCGGGGAUGACGACGACUGGGAUGAAGACUGGGAUGACCCCAAGUCGUCACCUCCUACUUACUUCAAGGAUAUAGAGUCUCCUGAAGCUGGAGGGGCCCCUCGAGGCAAUGCUCGUGUUGGUGGGGCUUCUAUGAAGAUUCCACUUAACAAAUUUCCUGGAUUUGCAAAACCUGGAAUGGAACAGUACUUAUUGGCAAAGCAGCUAGCAAAACCCAAAGAGAAAAUUUCCAUCAUUGUUGGAGAUUAUGGCCCAAUGUGGGUUUACCCUACCUCUACGUUUGACUGUGUUGUCGCAGACCCCAGGAAAGGCUCCAAGAUGUACGGGCUCAAGAGUUACAUCGAAUAUCAGUUAACCGCCACGAACACUAAUCGGUCCGUCAACCACCGCUAUAAGCACUUUGAUUGGCUCUAUGAGCGCCUCCUGGUUAAGUUCGGCUCCGCCAUUCCGAUCCCCUCCCUCCCGGAUAAGCAGGUCACAGGACGCUUUGAAGAAGAAUUUAUAAAGAUGCGCAUGGAAAGACUUCAGGGGUGGAUGACUAGAAUGUGUCGUCAUCCUGUCAUCUCAGAAAGUGAAGUUUUCCAGCAGUUCUUGAGUUUCCGGGAUGAAAAGGAAUGGAAAAUGGGGAAGAGGAAGGCGGAGAAGGACGAGAUCGUGGGCGUCAUGAUAUUCUCAACCAUGGAGCCCGAAGCCCCGGACCUGGACCUGAUCGAAAUAGAACAGAAGUGCGAGGCCGUGGGGAAGUUCACCAAAGCCAUGGACGACGGCGUCAAGGAGCUGCUGACCGUGGGACAAGAGCACUGGAAGCGCUGCACAGGACCAUUGCCCAAGGAAUAUCAGAAGAUAGGAAAAGCUUUGCAGUGUUUAGCAACUGUAUUCAGUUCAAGUGGCUACCAAGGUGAAACAGACCUCAAUGAUGCAAUAACAGAAGCAGGAAAAACUUAUGAAGAAAUUGCUAAUCUUGUGGCAGAGCAGCCAAAGAAAGAUCUCCAUUUCCUGAUGGAAUGUAAUCACGAAUACAAAGGAUUCCUUGGCUGCUUCCCUGACAUCAUUGGUGCUCACAAGGCGGCCAUAGAAAAGGUGAAAGAAAGCGACAAGCUGGUGGCCACCAGUAAGAUCACCCCCCAGGACAAGCAGAACAUGGCGAAGCGCGUCGGCGUCAUGUCAUACGCACUCCAAGCGGAGAUGAACCACUUUCACAGUAACCGGAUCUACGACUACAACAGCGUCAUCCGCCUGUAUCUGGAGCAGCAGGUACAGUUUUAUGAAACGAUUGCAGAAAAGCUGAGGCAGGCCCUCAGCCGCUUUCCGGUGAUGUAGGGCAAAGCUAAAGGAACAUGAAGAAAACUCCGAAGUGCUUCUUUCUGACUUGGGGCAAUGCCAUUUAAAGUUUGUUUUCUGUUCUUUUUCUUCUUUCACCAUCCCCCCCCAAAAAAAUCCAAAAAAUAACUGAGUUGCAAAAAAAAAAACCACAAACCCACAAAAUUAAGAUGUUUACUUUAUUAACCAGCCUAAAUGCACCAUUUAUUCAAGGGUAUCCCUUUUUUAGUUUAUUUUUCAUAUCCAUUAUUUAAAAAAAAAAAUUCUUAUUUUUGGAAAGUACUUCAGAUCGCUGGGAUUUGUUAAUGAAAAAAUAAGUGUUUUUCCCAUUGAUUUUUAUAUAGAUUCCUAAUCUCUAAGUCACAUAAAAUCUUCUAGUUCUUACCCAAUGUCAGAUAAUUACUAAUUUCUUUAAAAACAUGAAAUAUGCCAGAAUAAAAAGAUAUAUAUGUUUGUAUAUUUUUAUAACUCUACAGUCUUUGGGGGAUUCCUGUUUACUAUUUAGCAAAAUCCACAUACAUUUCAUUUACACAUUUGAAACACAAUAGCUUCUGUUUGGGGGUGGAGAGCAAGAGGGAGGUAAAAGGGGGCCCUGGGUUUUUUAGGUCUCUGUAUGUUCUACAUUUGUCACUGUUUACCUCUUUGAAAGGACUCCAAGCUCACAAAACAUGUGACCAGAAGCACCCUUAGCUUCUUCCCCCUGCUGCUGUUUCCUCACCUGUCCACUAUGUCCAAAGUCAUUUCUAGGACACUGACCCGAGGCCAGUGAGGAUCUGUGCAUCCAUGCAUUGUUCCUCCCUUCGGAUUGGCGUCAAAGGGCAACAAACACCAGGAAUCACUGGGCGUCCUUUCCUGCUAGGGUGUCCCCUUCCCCCUCCCCAACCCACCCACCGAGGGGGCAGCCCAAGCCUCCUAGGGACGUGGGGCACUUGGGGGGGGACUGAGCCCUCCCGCCAUUUGGUCCACCAUCUCCUGGCUGAGACCAGAUGCGGGGGAUGGCACGGCCCCUCCAGGAGCGGGAUCUAUGUUGUGGCAGGAGAGAGGAAGGGGCCCGCCAGGUGAUACACGUGAAGCUGGCGGGACGGACCCUGCUUCUCCGUGCUCUGUUAGGAGAAGGCCGCGGGCCUCCUCCCGGUGGCCGAGUCCUCUCCCUGUGCAGGCUGCCCCGUGUGGUCACUCAGCCAGACAGUGUCGGAGCCCAGCUUGCCGCAGCGAGCCAGGGGCUACUUUCUUAGCUCUGGGGGCUGCCUUACUUUCAUUUUUCUGUACUAAUGAUUAGAGAAAAGAAAAAAUAGGGGCUAGCAUAAGAUGAAACCAAAAAAAAAAUCAACAAAAUGAGGGUAUGUGAGAACAUCUACACUUCAGCAUCAGGGGUUUUUGUUCAUAUUUUUAUAAAUAAUUGUCCUCCCAAGCUUUCCUUUUAUAAAAUUCCAUAGAGCCAUGUUUAUGAUACAGCCAUUUAAUAUAUGUACAAAUUGUAAAGAAUGUGUAUAAAUGUUUUACACCAAAUGUAAGAGCGUGUAGAAACAACUUAUAAAAUAAAUUGUUAAAAAGUGUACAGUAAAUUCUCAAAGCACUUUUUCAAAACAA